AUGCCAGAGAGAGGCGUUGGGAGACCGUGGACUGCAGAGGAAGAUAGCCUUCUCAUCCAGGCGGUUGCAACUCACGGGGAAAUCGACAAUUGGAAGACCAUUGCCUUGUCUGUCCCCGAUCGUACUAACAAGGCGUGUAGGAAGCGAUGGCUACAUUCACUCUCACCGUCAGUGAAGAAGUCAGCGUGGACACCGGAGGAAGACCAGCUUCUCCUGUCGCUGUACGCAAUUCACUCGACCAAGUGGGCCGUCAUUGCCCGGCACAUAUCUGGUCGGACGGAUGAUGCAUGCUCUAAACGCUACCGGGAGGCACUGGACCCUGCGCUCAAACGAGGGGACUGGACCUCAGAUGAAGACGCCAAAUUGCUCGAAGCCUAUGCACGGGUCGGAGGCAAGUGGGGACAGAUCGGACAAGAGCUUCAACGCAGCGGUCUCGGCUGCCGCAACAGGUGGAGGAUGCUCCAGCGGAAGCAAGCUGCUACUGCUCGUGGUACCGCCCCAGCAAGCUCCUCCCGGACGGGCCUGGACCAUCAAGAAGAGGUAGGAUCAACCCCAAACACUUGCAUCUCGGGAUUUGCAACCCAGCCGCAAGAUCUGUGGGCUCAUCAUGCCGCAGAGGUCACUUUUGCGCCUACAAGGCCGACUACUCAGACGUCCCCGCAUCUACGGUCAGAUAAUUCACCACUUUCCGUUAUGGCCAACGAUCCUCCUAGCAUAUCGGGCUCCGCAUCGAGUUAUAGCGCUGUGCACCCGCUGGACUAUGGCGAUUUUGCUCUGACGGUCGCUACUCCGGAAACCACGUAUAUGCUAGAACAUCGAGCGAGUGACAGCCGGAGUCUGCAAGUAUCGCAUAGUCGUGGUACACGGCAAGCUGAGAAAACAUCAUCGACUUCCUACACUAUAUCGAACAACGACAAUGUGGAAUUGUUGACUAGUGCCCUAUUCCCGCAUACAGGCGACUAUAUGCACUUCGGAAGUGACGGUAUUUUGACCGCAUCAAGUUCACCGGAAGGGCUCUCUCCGCCUAAAUACCACAAUGAUGAGGCAAAUCACGCAAUGACUGGAGAAACACCCGUAAUACCGUCUUAUGUUGGUAUUCACUCCCCGACAUCUCCCUGCCAAGAGAGUCAAUCGUCAGCGUCGGCUGCUCCGAUCAGCUACUAUCGUACCGCUGCUGAGAAGGUGCGCAAGGCUAUUGCUCCUCGUCGCACGCGGGAAGGGCCUCCUCCACGAUUGUCAUCCAACCUGCCGGCGACUGCCAACUCGGCAGUCUUGGCCUACGCUUGUGGUCAUUCCAGCUGCUGGCCCACAGAUGCUCCCGCGAGUCGCUCCUGCUACGCGACGUCAAAAGAGCUCGCUGAUCACAACAAGGCUGAGCAUCCAGAUGACAUGGGCGGUAACAGUCCCUUCAGAUGUGGAUUAAUUGGCUGCAUAAAGAGCUGGAAGAGCAUCAAUGGUCUGCAAUAUCACCUGCAAGUGUCGAAAACGCAUUUUCAACAAGCGUUGUCAUCAGUCACGCAGACCCCACCUAGACCAGAGCCCGAAGCGACGUCCGUGUCUAGAGAUGCAAUCGAUUCGCUAGCCAAGCGAAAGAAGACCUUCCCCUGCCCCCAGCCUGGCUGUCGCAAAGAGUACAAGCAGCUGAGCGGAUUGCGAUACCAUCUUGCACACGGCCACCUGCAAGAGUUGCCCAUGCAACUCGAUGCUGUUCCACCGACCCUUGCACGCAAGAUGUCGGAGAAGGCGCAACCGCAUACCGCCCGUGCUCGUGCACAAGCCUGUCAGUUGCCAAUUCCUCAGCCCGUCUACCUCGGCGCCGUUGAGCGAGUGUAUGGGCUACCACAGGAUGGCUAUCUCUCGCCAAGCCCCAAACUCAAAUCUGUCCCUGUGCCAUACGCCGUCUAA